AUGUUGAAUGUUAAUUCACUUCAGGAGGAUGCAAAAGGGGUGAUUGCGCGUAGAGCUGGCGCAAGUUUUGCAACAAUGCGAUUGAAAAAACUAAAAUUGAGUGGUUCGAUGACUGAGAAUGGUGAUAUGGAUGUUGCUGUAAGCUUAGGAGUGUUCAUAAUGGACGAUGAACGGCGAGAAAGAACCAGAGUGCGACGUCUGCUGGAUAAAAAGACAUUUAUUGAAUAUGUGCGAUAUCGCUAA